AUGGAGCUACUGGUCUCGCCGGAUGCUGCCCGUAACAUAGCCGCCGGUGUGUUGGACCAGGACGGCCAGGGUCAGUUUCUCUCGGAGGAACCCACCGAUCCACACCCGGCUCACAGUGAUCUCGGUGGAAUCGUUAAUCCGGCCGCAACGUUGGACCUCGAGCUCGAACACACGGCAGAUGCGGACAGUAUCAUCAGCGAUAUCGCCCGAGUGCCGCGACUUCCGGGCGAUGGAGCCCAGGCCCCGGACGAAGAGUCGCUGGAUGCCACACCACAGCCAUGGCCAUCCCGCUUCCCACCGUUGCCGCUCAAGGAUGCCUCGUCAGGGUUGCGAAUACCAGUCUCUAACGGAGACCUUCCGAAGGUGGAACCAUCGGGUCAUGAGCCGCGUAUCGAUGACUCUAAACCAGGUGAUGAAGACUACCCACAGCAGGCAAAUGGCAUUACUUCGCCCACGUUUACGAUCCACCCGUGUGACAGUGAUGAUCAGGAGGACAAGGGAGGGGACCCACUGCCUCCGCCACCUCCCGGCGGAGGAGGCGAUCCGGUCGAAGCCGAGCUCGAGACCGAUUGCCGAGCCGCUGGCAACGAGGGCUCCGGUAACGGGGGGCACAACCAACCGCACACCAACAAUACUUACUCCGCGUUCAAACGAGGCAACGUGGUGAAGGGCAUCCUUUGCCCGUCGAUGACCAACUCCUUCCGGGCACCGUCGCUCGAGCGGUCCUACCUGACCUACUCGCACCGUCAGCGCCAGAAGUCGCUGAUCCUGGUGAACGUUGUCGAUCUCGUGCUGAAAGUGGUCCUGGCGUCGGUGUGGAUCGGGUUCAACAGGAACAUGACAAUCAGAGCCCACGAGGUUACGUGGUCGGUGUGCUGCAUCAUCUCGAACUUUCUGAUCUGCGUUCUCGGUAGCUGGCGUCUGUUCGCCAACAACUAUCUGCACUGGGCAGCGGUCUGCACGUGGUUGUUGCUCAAUCUGCAGGGUUUUCUCGGCGAAGGGCUCGGGUUCGCGGAGCGCGAGUACCUGAUCUGGUACGUGCUGUUCAUCAUCUUCGUACCGUACGCGAUGUUGCCGCUGCCGCUGAAGUGGUGUAUGAUCGCUGGCUCGAUGACGGCCAUUUGCCACCUGGUGGUGACGUCGCUCAACAAGUUCCUCCAUGACAAGGAUCCCAGCUGCAUUGUGCGGCAGAUGAUAGCCAACCUGCUGCUCUACUUGGCUAUCAACUUCGCCGGCAUGUACACUAAGUAUCUAACCGAUCGUGGCCAGCGGUUAGCGUUCAUCGAGACGCACAAGGCGAUGGAGCACAAGCGCGAAUCGGAGAAGGAGUACCAGCGAACCCAACGGCUGCUUGACUCCAUUCUGCCGAUGUUUGUGAACAACGACAUCCGGAAGGAGAUGUACAAAUCGCCCGAGCAGGCCCAGGUCGACACGCAGUUCAAGAAGCUGUACAUUUACCAUAUGGACAACGUCAGCAUCCUGUUUGCGGACAUCAAGGGCUUUACGGAGCUGGCGAGCAAAACGUCCGCCCAGCAGCUGGUCAAGAUUUUGAACGAUCUGUUUGCCCGGUUCGACAAAAUUGCCGAGGAUAAUCACUGCCUGCGGAUUAAGCUGCUCGGGGACUGCUACUACUGCGUAUCGAUGUUCGAUAGCCAGAGCUGGAAGAGCCGCCCGGAUCAUGCCGUGUGCAGCGUCGAGGCCGGCCUGCACAUGAUCAAAGCCAUCAAGGAUGUGCGCUGCCAAACGAAUGUCGAUCUGGAUAUGCGCAUCGGAAUUCACAGCGGAUCGGUGAUGUGUGGCGUGCUGGGGGAAAAGAAGUGGCACUUUGACGUCUGGUCGAACGAUGUGGUCAUCGCGAACCACAUGGAAUCGGGCGGCGUUCCGGGCCGGGUGCACAUUUCCGAGGCGACGCUCCAGUGUCUGAACGGCUCGUACGAGGUCGAACCGGGCAACGGGGGCAGCCGCGACAGUCACCUGAAGAUGAUGAACAUCAAGACGUUUCUGAUCCAGCGCACGGAGCCGUUGCGCUCGCGGAAACGGCUGACGGAGCGUCAAACGACGGUUCAGUUCGAGAAGGAAACGAUCGCGCGGCUCAACGAAUCCCGGUUCCGGAAAGACUCGAAAACACCGAGCAUCACGUCGAACAGCACCAACACGACGGUGACGGCCGUCGCUGCUCCAGUCGUCGGACAGACGAACCCUCAGAACCACAACAACAACAACAACAACAACGUCAGUAGCAAUGUCAACAACAACAACCAUAUCACCAAGCGCACCAGCAAGUCCACGAUCCACGAGGACGAAACGACCACCGACUGGACGCCGGAGAUUCCGUUCCGCAACCUGAACGGAGGAGGGAUCGGGGCGAAUGGGACCGAAAGUUUGCAGCACCCCGGGAGCCGGGAGGGCCGCGAGGACCGGCUGACCGCGACCGAGGAGGUGGACGAGCUGAUCGACCAGAGCAUCCAGAUCAACUCGAACAAGGCGAUCCGCCAGCAGUACCUGUACACGUGGACGCUCAAGUUCAAGGAGUCGUCGCAGGAGGGCACCUUCUGCCAGCUGCGCGAGGACAUGUUCCGCUCGAACAUGCUGUGCGUGUUCGUGGUGUGGAUCUUUAUCGUGCUGUGCCAGGCUGUCAUCAUCCCGCACUGCCUGGUGUUGAUCCUGACCCUCUCCAUUACGACGCUCCUGCUGACGAUCGGCUGCAUCCUGGUGAUGGCGGAGGAGUUCUCGGGGUUGCCGAAGUUUCUGCAGCGCAGCUCCUCGACGCUGGUGCACGAUCGAAGCCGGCGUACGGUGUUCGUCUGCGCCACGAUCAUCCUCAUGUCGAUUGCCAGCUCGAUGGGGCUGAUGAUGUGCGAUCUGGAUGAUGGCGACUCCGGGACGCCGGUGGAUAGCACCGAGCUACCGUUCGCUUCGUACUGGGACCCUAGCACAGGGUUGCUCUGGGCUGCCAACAGUACCACGAUGACGUUUUUCCGGGACGCGCUGCUGUUCGGUGAGCUGAACGAAACAUCGAACGGAUCGCUGCUGGAGACCAACGAGGCCAACUACUCGAUCGGUGCGCAAAUCGUUCGCGAAGAUCGCGAUCACGGUCCUACGUGUGUCCACCCGGAGUAUGUCGUGUUCACGUGGGUCCUGUGUCUGAUCUCGCUGGCGACGGCCCUGAAGCUGUACUAUCUGGUGAAAACCUUCAUGGCGAUCGUGAUGGUCGGGUGCUACUCUUUUCUGAUACUGCUAGCGUUCUCGAAGGUGUUCGACACGUACGACAUGCAGUACAUGCAGGCGAGCGGGAUGCCACUGGCGGCCCAGAUGAUGAUCCUGCUGGUCGUCUUCCUGACGAUGGUCACGUACCACGCGCGGCUCGUGGAGGUGACCUCCCGGUUGGACUUUAUCUGGAAGGAGCAGGCCGAGAAGGAGCUGUCGAACAUGAAAUCGAACCGCCACCUGAACGAUCUGCUCAUCAAGAAUAUUCUGCCGGACCACGUGGCCACGUACUAUCUGUCGGGCGACCGGGCGGACGAGUUGUACGCCAAGAUGCACGAUCUGUGCGGCGUGAUGUUUGCCUCGAUACCGAACUUCAAGGACUUCUACUCGGAGGACAUCGAGAACGGGAAGGCGUGCAUUCGGAUACUGAACGAGAUCAUCUCCGACUUUGACUCGCUGCUCGAGGAGUCGCGGUUCGAGAAGGUGGAGAAAAUCAAGACCGUCGGCGCGACGUACAUGGCCGCGUCGAACCUGUGCUCCACCAAGAAGACUCAUGCCGACGCGACGGACGAGGAUGCGGUGUGCGAUUUGGUGGAAUUCGCGCUGGCCAUGCGCCAGAAGCUGCAGGAAGUGAACAAGGAUGCGUUCAACACGUUCCAGCUGCGCGUCGGCAUCAGCAGUGGCCCGCUGGUGAGCGGCGUAAUCGGCGCCCGCAAGCCCGUCUACGAUAUCUGGGGCAACACGGUGAACGUGGCGUCGCGCAUGGACUCGACCGGUGAAAACUGGAAGGUCCAGGUGCCGGACUACACGGCGGCCCUGUUACAGACCAAGGGCUACACUUGUGUGCAACGUGGCGAGGUGAACGUCAAGGGCAAGGGCAUGAUGCUGACCUACUGGGUGCUGGGCAAAAACGUGUCGGCCAGUCAGCUGGCUUCCCCGGCGAUGUUGCCGGCCGGCGUUCCGCAGGCCCAGACCCCGUCGUUGCAGCGUCAAACGUCCCAGCAUAGCUCGCUGGCCGCAGUCGUUUUCGGCAUGAUGCAGGCCUCGAAACGGAGCAACCUGAACACGACACCAACCGCAACGCCCUCACCGAGAACCCGGUUCGGGCGACGGGGAAGCACAUUCAGCUCGGUGAGAUUGAAUCAGCGAGCCCCGUCUAACAAUCCGGUGCGCCGUAACACCACCCGUGUCCGGGGCCGUAGCUACACCAUGAAGCGGUACCCGACUGUCGCGUCGCCGCUGGGAUCACCGAUACCGACCGCUACCGCCGAUGGGCCAGGGAUCGGCCCACAUAUUCCAUCCUUUCGCCAGCUGCACCAGGACGCCAAAUCCCACCAAACAGGACUGUGA